AUGCCGCUAAUAGGCGCUAGUUCGGGGAAAGUGUCUGUGAUGCGGGGCAGGGGCCGAACCCCACGUGGCAAAGGAGGGAACUGGGCGCUGAGCGGCGAGUUCGCGGCGGCCGUGGGAGUGUCCUGCGAGCAGGCGAGUUGUGAUUCGCGGGCAGCCUUCGGCAGCCGGCGGCGCGGUCCGUUGCCCGCGGAAGAAGCGGCGCGCGGCGCGCCGGGCUGCCGACGCAGAGGCCGGGCGCGCGCGCACACGCGUGCAACAUCCCACCUGCCGCACAGGGGCACCAACACCACCAUACACUGGUCAACCAAUGAGAGAACAUCCACAAAACCCCGAGAGGCCUCUAUAAUAACGUGCGUAAGGGACUGCACACUCAAUAAGCGGGAAAACAAGUGGACGGCCGCCAGACCACGUGGAAACGCUGUUCAAGUCUCGAAAGUGGUGCGGGGGAAGACAGAUUGUAAAAUCCAGUGCCCAAGGAUGGCGUCAUCACUCGUGCUGACGUCAUUGCUGGCGCUUCUCAUGACCAACGAAGUGUCUUCGUCUCUCGUCCCUGGGGCGGGUGCGGUGUCUGCGCGGCGCGGCCGCCUCUCGCCGACGUUCCGCUGCCCGGCGGCCGGGCUGUUCGCGGCCCCCGGCGACUGCUCGUCGUUCGUGCGGUGCGCACCCCCGCGCCGCGCGGCCGCCGGCCCGCAGCUGCAGCUGCAGGCGGUGCAGUUCUGGUGCGCGCCCGGCGCCGCCUUCGACCCCGCCGCCGCCGCCUGCGUCUACGGCAGGGCCUGCCCCACGCCCGUCGCCGCGGCGCUGCGGUCGGAUUCCGACGCCGAGAACGAGGUGGACCUCGGCAGGCCGGCCGCCGGCACGGAAGCCGCCGGAUGCUCCUCCGAGGGCUUCUUCGCCAGGAGCGACAGCUGCACCAAGUUCUACCGCUGCGUCUCCUCUGGCGACGGCUUCGCCAGGUACGACUUCGAGUGCGGAGAGGGCGCGGUUUUCGACCCGGCGACGGGCGUGUGCAACCACGCGUGGGCCACGGGCCGCUCCGAGUGCGGCGGCUCGCAGGCGGACGACGCGUCCCAGCUGGGAGGAGGCGGUGACGGGGAACAAGGAGCACCAGAGUCGCAGGAAGGCAACGAGGUGGCCGCUGGGGGCGAACCGCAGGGUCAGCCGCAGCCGCAGCCGCAACCCGACACUCAGCAGGGAGCCGCGGAGGACGCAGAGGCGCAGCCGGGGCAGGACAGCUCCACCGCCGUCGGACACCCGCAAGGUGACGGCUCGGCGGACUGCCCGUCUGAGGGCUUCCACGCCGUGCCUGGCGACUGCACCAAGUUCGUGCGCUGCGUCCAGGGCGACGGCCGCAGCCUGCUGCGCUACGAGUUCUCCUGCGGCCCCGGCACCGUCUGGGACCCCGACGCCGGCGUCUGCAACCACGCCUGGGCCGUCGCCAGGAGCGAGUGCCGCGCUGCAGGGAGCCAGCAAACGACUAUGACGACGUCCUCCUCUUCCUCAUCUUCAUCAUCGUCCAGCAGUAUGAGCAGCAGCAGCAGCAGCGAGCAGAUGUCGAGCAGCAACCAGACCACAGCGACCACCGAUUCCGGAGGCUCCACGACGAGCAGCACUUCCAGUUCUUCCAGCAGCUCCAGCAGCAGUUCCCAGCAACAGUCUAGCUCGUCGCAGUCGUCUAGCAGCAACAUGACCAGCACUACCAUCACCACUUCAGAUAGCCAGACAGCCACCACAGCCGCUGCCGGUAACCAGGAGUCUACAUCCUCCUCAUCUGGUAGUCAGAACCAACAAUCGACCACUUCAUCGCAAAGUGGAAGCCAACAGUCUUCCUCUGGCAGUCAAAAUCAGCAGACCACAUCUUCUUCGGGCAGCGAACAGCAAUCGACCACGUCAUCUAUGACUGGGAGUCAGCAGACGUCUUCAGGCAGCCAGAACCAGCAGGGCACUAGUUCGUCAGAAAGUCAGAAUCAGCAGACCACUAGUUCAUCAGGAAGCGAGAAUCAGCAAUCUACAAGCUCCUCAGGCAGUGAACAGACCUCGUCUUCGUCGACAUCUUCAGAAAAUCAGCAGUCCACUUCUUCAGGAAGCGAAAACCAGCAAACUUCGUCAUCUAGCAGUCAGAAUCAACAAGGGACUUCGUCAUCUGGAUCCCAACAGACUACAUCAUCUUCGUCUGAAAGCGGUCAGUCCGGAUCGUCAUCUGGGAGUGACAGUCAGCAGUCAUCGUCGUCAGGCAGCCAACAACAGACAGGAUCGUCCUCUGGCAGCGAGCAAACAGGGUCGUCCUCUGGCGGCGGAGAGCAACAGCAGACGUCAGGAGGAGCAACACAGCCGAUGACGCCAGCCACGUCGACCACUGCCAGGCCAGAAGGAAGCGGCGGAAGUGGCGGUAGCGGGGGUAGUGGUGGCAGUGGACAGUGCUCUUCCGAAGGAUUCCACCCAGUUCCUGGUGACUGUAAGAAAUUCAUACGAUGCGUGGAUAAUGGGCAGGGUGGUUUCACAAGGUACGAAUUCACGUGCGCUGAGGGAACUGUGUGGGAUCCUGCCACUACAGCAUGCAACCACCCUUGGGCCACGCAAGGUGAGUGUGGGACAGGAGGCGCAUCCCAACCGUCUGGAGACGGAGAUACAGGCGGCAGUGGACCUACUGGUGAACAAAGCAGUUCUACAGCUUCACCUGAGGACGGAAGCUCAUCACCAGAUGGUGGAUCGACAACUGGAGGUCCACCAGCAACUGAUGGCUCAUCGACCACACCAGGAGCUGGUGACAGCGCGCCUUCGCCGCCAGGCGCUCCUGAAGGUGGUUCGACACCACCUGCUGGAUCUGGAGAAGGAGGACCAGCAGAAGGUUCAACAACACCAGCUGGUACUGGAGAUGGCAGUCCGAGCAGCGAAGGAGGUCAAACUCCAGGAUCUGAUGGAGACGGAGGACAAUCACCAGGGCCUGAUGGAGAUGGAGGCCAAUCACCAGGGCCUGAUGGGGACGGAGGCCAAUCACCAGGGCCUGAUGGGGAUGGAGGUCAGUCACCAGGACCUGAUGGAGAAGGGGGUCAGUCUCCAGGAACAGAUGGUACUGGCACAGAUGCGUCGUCAACAGCUUCUCCUGAUAUGAGUUCCAUUUCGCCAGGAGAAACUGAUGGCUCUUCUACACCUGCAGGGACUGAUGGCGAAACUUCUUCCCAACCUACCGAUUCAGGUGAAGCUUCAUCACCACAGCCAGAAUCCGAAAACACUUCUCCAUCCACUGAUGGAGGUCAAAGUCCGCCGUCGCAGGGAGGUGACGGAAGCGAUCAAACUGCACCAGAUUCAGGAGACAACACUUCGUCAGGACCUGAGGGGUCGGGAGAAGCAAGUACCGCGACACCGACCGAAACAGCAGGAGGUACUCCAGGACAGGGUGGUGACGGCACCAGUACUUCAGGUACCGGGGAAACGAGCGAACCACCGGCAGAGGCGACGAAGCCAUCCGGCGAUGGCACUAAUACCUCAAGCACGGCGCCCUGCAACACGACGCCGAAACCACAAGACAUUAAGUGUACGGAGGCCGGAUACUUCCCGCACCCUACGGACUGUCGCAAGUUCUAUCGUUGCGUCGACUGGGAUGGAAACAAAGGCGAGCGCUUCUCCGUGUAUCACUUCGAGUGUGGUGAAGGAACCAUCUUCGAUCCGAGCUUGAGUGUUUGCAACCACGCAGACUCAGUAUAUCCGCCAAGGGACUGUUCCGGUGGAGGCGGCGGUGGUGGUGGUGACGCAGGAAGCGAGACACCGACUGCUGAAACCUCAACACCAGCUGCUGGCAGUAGCAGUCCUCCACCUGGAGAAACGACUGGUACUGCAGAGGGUACUUCAGAAGCACCGGGGACCACGGGUUCUGAGGAAUCUAGCACCACUCCUGGAGCAACUGAAGGCGGUACUCCCGAAACCACGGGCACAGAUGGAUCGACGACUCCUGCCGGCGAAACGACAAACACAGAUGGCGGUUCGACACAACCUGAAGAAACUGGAGGCACCGCGCCCGAGCAAUCGACGACACCAGGAGAGACCACGGGAACCGACGAAGCAGGCACUACGACACCCGCAACGGCAGCCACCGAUGCUCCUCCGACUGAUCAGACUUCCACGGUGAGCACCGGUUCGACUGGUCCCGAAGGAACACCUCCUGGCGGCGAAACUACGAGCACUCCCGAGGGAUCGACGGGUGCCGAAACUUCUAACCCUCCUACGGAUACGACUAGCGGAGGAGAAACACCGGACGGAACAGAGAGUUCUACUCCCACCACAGGGGCGGAGGAAACCUCGACGCCUGGCGAAACAACCGGGACGGCGGAGACUUCGACGCCCGGUGAGACGACGAGCACCGGAGACUCUUCGACGAGCGGUCCGGACGGAACGGAGGCCACGGAAUCACCAACGUCCGGAACGACAGAAGCGCCUUCAGGAGGCUCUGGCGGCCAGCAAGGCUCGUGCCCAGGUCCGCUGAAACCAGGCCAGGCACUGCUCGUCUGCCCCACCGCUUUCCGGCAGCAUCCCACCCGCUGCGGCCUCUUCUAUCAGUGCACAGUCUCGCAAGACUGGCGUGACGUGAGCAUCCAGGUGUUCGCCUGCGGAAACGGCACCGAAUACGACGAGAAUGAAAUCCAGUGCUUGCCGCCAAAGGAACCACGCGCCUGUGAAAUGUCGGAUGCCAGGACGACUUUCCAGCAGGUCCCCGCGGGCGUGGCGCUGUGUCCGACGGAGGGCCCGCAGCCGAUGCCCGGCGACUGCCACACAUUCCUGCGCUGCUCUCGCGACGACGGUGGCCGCCUUGCGGCGCGCGCGGCGCGCUGCCCCCAGGGCUACGGCUUCUGGCCCGUGUCCCGGCGCUGCGAGCGGCCCUACAAGAUCCCCUCCUGCCCCUACGGCGAGUACUCCUCCGACGAGCCGCCUCCAGGAUCCGCACCCAUCGAGACGUCCAACCUGGGCUCCGCACGAAGUCUGAAGCUGCUUUAAAUGCCCGGACGCGAGACCCACAAUUUUCCGCAGUCAUGAAGACUUCGACAGGGACUUCAGAAAUUUCCUGCCUAUCUGACGCCUAGAUCAACAGUUUAUACUAACAUUUAUGAACGAAACACAAAACUGAUGAAUUAUUCUUCGCUUUGGAACUAACCGAAAACUUUCUAUAUCGUGCUUCAAAAAGAGACUACGUACGUAUUCUCAAAUUACAUCCGAGGCAUUAACAUGAGCGAAACGACCAUGUCUAAUGGCUGCUGACAGUGUUUAGUGGUUGACAUCAGAGAUACUUAUUUAGGCAACAUUGUGACUUUACACCACUGAAGUAGUAAGUCAUUUUUCGACAGAAUAUGAUGUCAACGCUACUACGCAGUACAGCUGCUGGGAACUAUAUGUCUGAACAAUGUAUGAUAUAGAUACGUUGAUUGGCUUAAUGACUGAAAUGUACCAAUUAUCGCUUUGUAAAGUUAUUUAUCACUGUAGGUCAGUAACAGAAUGAAAAGUGUAGAGUCAUAAACGGUCAGUUAGCGGUUAUCCAGGAUCAGUUUCAUAAAUCGUUACUGUGGUGGUGCGGACGUAAGGACGCGGGUGGUGUUGCGAUGCGCCGUAGUAAGUGACGUUCCAGCAUGUAGCGUCAUUCCGUCGCGCAUAUACCUGUA